GGGAUCAGGACACUUCGUCCAGUGACCGUUUCGUCCAAUAGUUGACAUUCCGUCCAAAGUCUUUUUCAGACGCACUAUCAGUUUUUAUAUUUCAGGUAUUCCUGUGUUUGUGAAUGAAAGCCCUGCGAGAGCACUGUGCUGCACCUAAAGAUUUAGCAUGAUCCAGCUGGCUUUAAAAAAUUAAUAACUCUGCCAGCGGAGCUCACAGCGAAACCAAAUUUUACAGGCACUUCUCUCUAAGCCUCCCUCUUGGGAGAAAGAGCAUGGUCUCGGGUUGGUAGGACCGCGCCUCAGCCUGGGAUUCAUGAACGAAGCCCCCACAAGAGUGUUGCUCGGCACCUAAAGAUUUAACAUGAUCCAUACUCAUUUGCUUUACAAAAAUGUGUUUUGCUUCGGUCAAAUUUCAUUGAGAAUUCCUCCUAUUUUUUGAACAAACACAUACCUGAAAUAUAAACUAAAUGAUAGUGCAUAUGAAAAAGGCUUUGGAUGAAAUGGUCAUGGGACGAAAUGACCUGUAUUCGUACUUGAUGCAGUAUGUUUUCCAGGCUGAGUGAGUGGUUCUGGAAUGAACGCCUGUGGUUUCCAGUGGGUUUGGGAUGGGCUGACCUGCAGGAUGGCGAUGGUCGCAUCUUUGCCAAAGGCUCUGACCUCUGGGUUACCCUUCCAAUAGCCCUGGCCUUCCUUAUUAUACGCCAGAUAUUUGAGAGGACUGUGGCACUUCGGCUGGCCUCGGCGAUGGGAGUGAAGGAGAAGGUGAGGAUGCGGGCAGCACCCAAUCCAACACUGGAAUCGUACUUCUGCACCAUGAGUAAACAUCCAGCACAGAGUGUGGUGGAGAGUUUAAGUAAACAGACAGGCUAUUCCCAGCAACAGGUGCAGAGGUGGUUCCGGAGACGGCGCAACCAGGAACGACCCAACCAGCUCAAGAAGUUCAGGGAAGCAAGUUGGAGAUUUACAUUUUACCUUCUUGCGUUCUUUGCUGGCCUGGCUGCUCUCAUUGAUAAACCCUGGUUCUACGAAAUGAAAGAGAUGUGGAAGGGCUUCCCAACACUGACUCUGCUGCCUUCUCAGUACUGGUAUUACAUGAUCGAGCUGGGUUUUUACAUUUCACUCCUCUUCAGUGUGGCCUCUGAUGUGAAGCGGAAAGACUUUAAGGAACAGAUAGUUCAUCAUGUAGCCACCAUUCUUUUGAUCAGUUUCUCCUGGUGUGUGAACUACAUUCGAGCAGGAACUCUAAUCAUGCUUGUGCACGAUGCUGCAGAUUAUCUGCUUGAGUCAGCCAAAAUGUUUAACUACGCUGGCUGGAGAAAUACGUGUAACUACAUCUUCAUCGUCUUUGCUGCUGUCUUCUUCAUCACAAGACUCGUGAUCUUCCCAUUUUGGAUUAUGCACUGUACGUGGGUCUAUCCUGUAACCAUCUAUCCUCCCUUCUUCGGUUAUUACUUCUUUAACGGGCUUCUGCUGGUGCUUCAGUGUUUGCACAUAUUCUGGUUUGCGCUCAUUCUGCGCAUGGCGAUCAAGUUCCUCCCUGGCAAUCAUAUUGUGGAAGACGAGCGAAGUGACCGAGAAGAGACGGAUGACUCUGAGGAUGAGGUGCAGGAGAGUGAUAGACAACCCAAGAUGAAAAAUGGACCGCUGCAGAAUGGGCACUCUGCCUCAAACAACCACCACCACCGCAAGAUGGAGUGAUGGAUACGGAUGAGAGGAGAGCAGGGGAGGGGAUGAGCGGAGCGGAGGUGUAGUCCUUCCCUGUCCUCUGUAACACACACACACACACACACACACACACAGAGACUAAUAAAUUGAGGCAGGGAUAGACGCUGCUGGUUUGGAAAAUCGACUUAUGCAUAUACAGUGAUGUGUACAUUUGACCAAGUAUUAGGUUCAAACUUAAACACUAAUCCCAGAAAUUAUGUUUCAGAAUAAAUAAUCAUGAAGGUCAACUUUAGGAAACGCACUAAAUUCUGCAGAAGAAAUCUCGAGGCAGUGAAUCUUCCUUGACUUGCUUUGUGUAUGACCUGCCUGGUUGACGUGAAACCCUCACGUUCCCUGUCUUUCUAGCUGUACUACUGUUUUUCUUUUCACGCAUCACUAUGUAAAUGUCACUUCUCCUUCUGUUCUAUGAAUAUUUGCUAAGCUUGAAGAGCACAGAUGUUUGGUUUUAUUUGCAAGCAACCUUGCGGAUUUAAUUGAAGUCCAACUAUAAGUGCAGACUUGUUUUCACCAAGAGGCCUUUAGCGAAGUCUCGAAACACAUUCUUAGUAUAUGUACAAAAUGUGUAGAAAUGCACUUGCACUGUCAUCAGCCGUCCUGUGUACUGCCCACAUUUCAGUUGCACUCUUUUUUUUUUUUUUUUUGCGCGCUACACACUACCACUGCCCUAGAGAUUCUCUUAUCUGAUAUUUGAGGACCACAAAACAACCAAUCAACAUACCCACCUAAAUGCACUCGAUCAUCGGAUAUGUCAAUUUUAAGCUGUGCAGCACUGUGCAGAAAAACUAUAAAUCUCUCAUCUCUGCUGAACCAGUUACACUGCCCAGACACCCCAUCAUGAUGCUGAAUGUUUGUUUAUUCUGCCUUUGGUGCCUUGUCAAGCAUCUAUGUCUUGCAUCAAAUUCUGCUUAAUCCAGUUUUGGACAUUUAUUGGCUACUUCAGUAUGUGCCAGCAUCAUAAAACUCAUCUCGGUUAAAGAUUUGCUUAAAAUCAAAGUUGUAUAUCAAAAAGACAUUAUUUUGUGGCAACAUUUCAGUCUUGCUUAUUUUAUUUGCCUGUUUGUCUUGCUCUUUAUUAACAAAUCACUUGUGAUUUUACUGUGUUUUUGUUUUAUUGUUUUUUUUCUUCAUCAUUUUACUUGAGGUCCACAUUUAUUCAUGACGAUUCCAAGAAGUUUCAGUUUUGUUUAUGGAAAUAAUGUGAUUUAAAAAAAACAACAUAGUUUCUUAUUGAUUAUGCUUUAGUGGUUAAAUAGUUUAUCCUACAGUUCAGUAAAAUGGGUAAAGAAGGAUUUCUGCUUUGUUUGGAGUGGGGAGAGGAAGCAUUUCCAUUUGAAAUGUUUUUUCUGUAGCAGCUUGUUCAGAAUCCUGUUCACAAACGGGGGGAGGAGGGGGAUGUUUUAGCAAACAAGUUCUUAGAAGUUAAGUUCUAUGUUAUGCCAAUGGUUUUUGUAUCAAUUAUAGUAUUAAGACAAAGAGUCAGUAUCACUCGUUUGGCCAUCAGAUGCACUUUAUAAAACUUGAUCCAUAGAAAUAAAGCCAGUUAGACUGAAGAUUAAAGUGCUUUAUAGUCAGUUUGUAAAACUAUGCAUGUGUAAAACUCGUACACUUCAACAAGACUGAAAUAAACAUGAGGUUUAACAGUUAAACAUGUCCAUUUCUAAAGUCAUACUGUAAUGCUGUAGAUUGUGUCUGAGCUCAACAUAUUUUACAAACCCACUGAACCCCACAUUACAUCCAGUGUUGGAAUUAAAGAUGAGAAAAUACCUGAGACUAGGAAUAUGAUUAUAUUUAAGGUUUACGUGUUGUGGUUUUAGUCAUUCGCCGCAGUGAAAUAAACAUCUUUAACCAUCGCUGCAGGCGUCAGUGUCUGGUUUUAGGUUUUCUUACCAAGUGUAAAGUGUCUUAUUUCUUAAAUGCAUUUCUAUUGUCGUGUACUUGCUGAUUCUUCUCUUGCUCUCCAAACUUGUCUUUAUUUUGGUACAAAUCAUUCAUGCCAGUGGGCAUAGUUUCAUGCUAAGCACUCGGAAGCAGCCAUGUUUUGUUUAACUAUAUAGUAACUGGAAAAUAAUAUGCACUGCAGAGGUCACUCUGAAAUCUAAAAAGCAAACCACAUGGAAUCUGAUAUGACUAGAUUAAACUUCCAGACUGCAAUUACACUCAUUUUCCCUGCCUACUUUUUUUCAUUUUUAUUCAAUUUUUUUAAAAACUUUUCUUGCUUCUCCUCCUCAUCGAAAUUAAUCACCUCUUACAUUUUAAUGCCAAAACCAAUUCAACCAAAUUAAAUCUCACCAUCUGUUGUCUACAUUCAUGAUGCACAUAAAAACAUGAUCAGUGUCGUAACUGCCAGCAUUUUUAUGUUGUAUUUUGUAGCAUCUUUUAUGCAAUGUAAGAUAAAAAAAAAAAACUGUGGAUAACCAAA